AAGUUCAACAAGGCAAGCAGUCGUGUGAUUAGAAGAGUUCUUUUCCAGGACAACGACGAGGGCUUGAUAUUCGGGUCGAAUCCUCUGGCCCCUGAUACGCAGAGAGCUUAUUCUAGGAUCGGCAACCUCGUUGAAGCUAACUGGCCUGCCUUGGCGCUGAGCUCUACGGGGCCAAGCCAUCGCCCAGAGAGUCCAGGCUCUCUCUCGCGUUGAUUUCCGACCUACUCCUGCAGAUCCCUCGCCGAGACUCAAUAUGCUGCCGAACGACGAUGGAACCUGAAUUCUCGAGUCGUCAAGGGAGUCUUGAUGCUGCGGUGAACGAUGAACGCGUCAUACUUGCCAGCACCGACAUGGAAGAAGGUCCAGUUCCAGAACACUGCUGCAGACUGUUGCGCAGCAUUUGCGCUCAAGAAUCAAGGCGGAUCGAUACCUUCCGCGAGGGCCAUGAGGUCGGCCGACAUGACGCCGAGAUCUCCACGCUUGAAUGCGGCCUUGCGGAUGGCGGCUCUAGAUUGACAUGUUCGUGGAAGGGAGCGGAACUUGUCUACAAGCGUCAAGCACCUCGAUCUACGAGAACAAAACGAUCCGGCGAGAUAUGUUCAAUGCCUUUCAUACCUCGAUCGGCCCGCCUCUGA